CGUCAACACGCUCAACCUCAACCAAACAAAUCCAAGGUUCAGCUUUCAAGAACACCGCGACCAACAACCAAAUCGCAGCUCAAUUAGUUCAGACCCCAUGGAGACCAACACGAUGCCAUCGGUCUGCCGGUGGCCUGAUUCGCCGUUCUGGGAACUAGACGGUUUCGACUUUAGUGGCCUGCCGCUCGACGAGUUCAAGUCGAUCAUCCACGUACUUUACCCCCUUGGGAAUUCCGAACGCCUCUCGACCCCAAAAUACAGCCAGGCCGUGGCAGACAAUGUGGCCUUGAUGUUUCAGGUCAUGCAUGACUGCCGGGUCUUCUAUGCUACUUGUACCUCACCGUUUUGGGAGCGGGUGCAGGUAUUAUAUAAAGGUCCCCCCAUCGAAGGUGAACAACUCGAGCGAAUUUCACGUCUGUUCGUCUGGGCCCGACACGUUUAUCGGCACACCUUUGGCGACUGCCCCAACGAGACGGCGAGGCUGGCCGACCAGUGGAUCGCUUUUGCAUCUACGCUUCAUCAGCCUGCAUCGAUCGGCAAUCGAAGCACUCCGGUCGUGGAACAAGAGGAUAGUCCAGUCGCCAACUGUCCACCCGCCCUUGAGCAUGUCGAACCCAAGGCAACCACCUCAAAGCGAAAGAGGAACGAGAGUGUGACUUCUUCCCCAAUUGGUCCAAAAAUGCAGGGCCGCAAGGCCAACAACGACAUCGCACAAUCCCAAUCCGCGGAGGCACCGACCCUCCCGUCCAUAGAAGACGACUACGAUAAUUUCGCUCAGCUGGCGGCGACAGCCCUCAGGCGAUCGACCCAAAACGAGACGGUGGCAAAGCACGACCCCUUCACCACCGUCCUGGAGACACUCCGCCGCGACCUGGCAGCCCAAAAUGAGCGCAUUGAAGAGCUCGAAAAGCACAAGAGGUGGAACGUGAACUUCAUUGGGGCGCAGAGGGCCGAGCUCAGCGAGGAGGUCGCCAGGCUAGAGACAGAGCUGGAGACCAUUAACGACCUGAUCCCGCGCAUCGAAGACCUCGAGUACAGCGAGAACCACUUUCGAACCUCGGCAGACACGGACCGGGAGACCAUCGAAAUGCUCCUCGAGCGUAUUGAGAAGCUCGAGAACCAAGAUCGCGCCUCGACAGACACGUCCCUCUAG